AUGGUCCCUAUCUCUUGCUUUGCAAUGGUAACCACCUAUAAUGGGCACCUGAAAAGAAAGGAUCAACGAGGAAUUGCUAGCAAUAGUCCUGCAUGUAAUACAUGCGCGGGACAUGAAGCAAGAUGGGACCGUCUGCAACCUGCUCAACCUUCGCCGGCAUCUCUCUUUGCAACGUAG